AUGAUGGGGUAUUACUCGGACGGAGACAGGGUUGCUCAAUGGCUUCAGAACGCGGAGAAGCAGCAGUCGCGGCAAGCUCCGAGGCGGUUUGCGACUGCCAGAAGGGCUACAUCAUUUCUAGCCACAAGCACACAACAAACCAUGUCAUCGGCGCAGCAGAAUCCACUCAAGAGACGACGAGCUGGAUCAACAGUCAGACGCACACAUCAACUCAGUCACAUCCAACAACUGCCGACAGCGACGGAGCCCGCGGCGCAAGAUGAGGCUUUCAUCCAGGCCCAGCUGCUGCGCUCCAUCUGCACCGCCCUGACCGUCGUCGGCUAUGACACCGUCAAGCCCUCAGCUCUGGAAAUGUUUCGCGCAGAAGUCGAAGAAUNNGUGAGGAGCUGCAUUGAGGAAACAAAUGCGCGCAGUUGGCUGACUCGACGCGAUCCAGACAUGAUGAACUUCCUCACAACCGUCAAAGAUUCGAUGAUAGCCUCACGACGAACGACGGCCAUACCGCAAGACUUUAUCUUUGCUCUGGCCGAAGCCGGCCUGGAGUCACAUCACCUAGAUCCGCACCUGAACUUGCGCCUCCCGGACGACAUUGCCAAUCCUACCAUCCAACCUCCACGACCAAAUGAGGCUCCUCCCNCCGAUCUGGCGCCCAUGCUUGGUCAAGAGUUGGCCACACCUGCGACACAACAAUACGGAUACAUACCCUCACACUUUCCUCCGCUACCGAGUCGUCACGCCUGGCAGAGUACUGCCCUCUUCACACAACGCGAGCAAGACCCUCGACGCAUCCGCGAACGCGCUACAGACGAAGGCGUCCAAGCCGAGCAUGCCUUGCGCAAGCUCACCACUGCCAACAAAGCCCGCCUACGUCAGCCGACCGUCGACAAGGCCAAGGACAAGCUAUGGCAAGACACCAUUUUAGAUCUGCUGGACGACGAUGACGACUCUGUUCCGACAAGGCAGGAUGCAGACGGAGACAUCAGGUUAGAUGGAUGCUUGGAAGAUCAUGGCAGUGACAAGCCGUCCAGCAUGGCUGAUUUGAUACGUGGAAGUGGUGCUCUGAUGGUCAACCAUGACCGCAACCACUGGCGUAGAGGGAGGGGUGCUGUGCAUAUCUGA